ACUUCCUCCUUUCCAGUCUCACAGUUUGACCCGCUCCCUUCCGCUGACAGGCAGCUGUCACACGGCCAACAUGUUGUCCAGUUCCCGGUGUCUCUCCAGGAAUAUUGGUCGCUCCCUAUCUGCGAUCCGCCAGGGAAAUAAUGUGUUGACUCGCAGAGGCGCAGCAGCUAUAUCAACUAGCUACCCUUUUGCUGCCAAGAACACUAUAAAAUCAGAUCCACGCUCCAGUGUCUUCCAAAUCCAAUACUUCAGGACCUCUGUUGCCUACAGAGAUGAAGUCCUCACCAUUAAGACCCCUGCCUUUGCGGAGUCUGUUACAGAGGGGGACGUGAGGUGGGAAAAAGCCGUGGGGGACACUGUUUCAGAGGAUGAGGUGGUGUGUGAAAUUGAGACUGACAAGACAUCCGUGCAGGUUCCUUCUCCCGCCGCAGGGGUGAUCGUGGAGCUUUUGGUUCCUGAUGGCGGCAAAGUCGAGGGAGGAACGCCUCUCUUCAAGCUUCAAAAAGGCUCUGGAGCUCCUCAAGCUGCAGCGGCCCCAAAAGCGGAGGCCCCGGCGGCAGCUGCCCCUUCACCCCCACCUCCUCCUGCAUCUGCCCCUCCGCCUCCUCCCUCCACCGCUUUUGAACCCAUUCCAACCACGAUGCCCCCCGUGCCACCUGUGCCAACACACGCUAUGGAUGCCAAACCAGUGUCAUCCAUCAAGCCCACCGCACCGGCAGCUCCUGUGGUUGGAGGCGCGAAAGCAGCCCGCACUGAAAGCAGGGUGAAGAUGAACCGAAUGAGACUGAGAAUCGCCCAAAGGCUGAAGGAAGCCCAGAACACCUGCGCAAUGUUGACAACCUUUAAUGAGAUUGACAUGAGCAACAUCUCUGAGAUGCGAAAGAGCUACAAAGACGCCUUCCUGAAGAAGCACAACAUCAAGUUAGGCUUCAUGUCUGCAUUCGUGAAGGCAUCUGCCUACGCUCUGAGUGACCAACCUGUUGUCAAUGCUGUCAUUGAUGAUACAACCAAAGAGAUUGUGUACAGGGACUACGUCGACAUCAGCGUGGCUGUGGCCACACCAAAGGGUCUGGUUGUUCCUGUUAUCAGGAAUGUUGAGGGAAUGAAUUUUGCUGACAUUGAGAAGACCAUCAAUAUGUUGGGCGAAAAGGCCCGCAACAACGAACUGGCCGUGGAAGACAUGGACGGAGGAACGUUCACCAUCAGCAACGGCGGCGUGUUCGGCUCCAUGUUCGGCACACCCAUCAUCAACCCGCCUCAAUCUGCUAUCUUGGGCAUGCAUGGCAUAUUUGACAGGCCUGUGGCUGUGGCUGGCAAGGUGGAGAUCCGUCCCAUGAUGUACGUGGCCCUGACAUACGAUCAUCGCCUGGUUGACGGAAGAGAGGCCGUCACCUUCCUGCGCAAGAUCAAGUCUGUGGUGGAGGACCCCAGGGUGCUGCUCCUCGACAUGUGAGCGCCCACGUCAUCUCCAGGCCCAACUGACUGAACCGCCCCACACAACCAGUGGCUAUAACCCACCCUAUGGACAUGACUCAAACGAUAGAUUUGGUUUUGGGGUUUUUUUGUUUUUUGUUUGGUUAACAGUUGGGUUGUGCAAUAUAAGGCUGGCAGUCAUAUAAGGGUUUGGUACUGUCUGAGGAUUUUCCGGGUUCUGGUCAUUAGAUCAAAUAGUAUAUCCAGUCUUGUAUGUUCGCCAUAUGUAAUUUUCUACAUACAAUGUGUUCACGUUAUUAUGAGAUGACAAAUCUAGGUUCAACAUGCUUUCUGAGAGAAUAAGGAUGCGUUGAAACCAAGGAACACAAUGUUAUGUCCAAAGUGAAGAACUCUUAAUUGGAGAAUUGAUGCUACUACACAACAAUGUGGAGCGUUCUCCUCAUGCUCUGUUAGAAUAUUUAAGAAAAAAAAAAUGUUUUAAUAAAAAUCGAAAUUAUGGGACUUAA